ACUAUCUGCACAAGAUCUAUAGGUAGCUGCACAAGAUCUUCGAUUUAGCUACGAUUUCGGUUCCAUUUUUCAGUAGUAGCAGUGAUUUUAUACUUCUAAUUAGGCUAGCAGCGCUGCUAUAUCGAUGGAAGAGUUUAAUUUGUAAUAUGUUUGAGGUUUAAAGUUGCCUGGCGUUUCUAUACGGAUUGUGUAAACUCAUCAGCCUUUGGCCGCCUGACCAUGGUAGGAGGAGGAGGAGGAGCCAGUCCCAGUCCGGGAUGGGAAGCCCAAAGCAGGAGCGACUUCGCCUACCAAGAUCCAUGUCCACCGGUGCCGCAGCCUGGGAGUGGUGAAACUAGCUCGAGGGCGCUGCCGGCACCGGCUCGAAACAAAAAGGAGCCAAGACGAGUAACUCACAUCCCUGGCAUUUCCAAGGUGAAGGACAAAGUGCAGGAUGCGUGGGACCACCAAAAGGAUGAGUUCAAGGAUAAAUCCAAGAAAGUCAUGCAGAAGGCUACUUCGCUCUGCUCGGGAAACAAAGAUUAUAAGAAAUGAGAAACUAUUCCAAUAAAUAUUUCCUAAUAAUUAGUUAAUAGGUAUAUCGCAAUAUCCCUUUCUUCGUUAUUGGAAAAUUUUUGGUUGGGUGUUUUCCAAAUAUCCAAAUAAGACUAAAACAUUUGGCUACUUAAUAAAAAAUGUGAACAAGCAAUGACCUUCCAUCCGACCACCGACGAUCUAACGCUCGAGAGCAAUAUCUUCCAUCCACACCAACGAUCCGACACCCGAGAGCGUCGAUUGACACAUAACCCAAAUAUCAAACGUUUGAUGAAGAACAAAUCUGUUUUGUUAUAGUUUUGUGCAUAGUAACCCCGUCCUAUUUCUUUUAUCUACUCAUUAUGUCGCUUUUGCACGGUUUUAUGCGUGACUUAGGAAGACCAUAGAAAUGUCGGUCUCUUCAACAAUAGUAGAGAUUGUGCAUAGUUGAUUUGAAAGAAAAACUGUACUAUACAGCUGCAAAAUUGACGAGGGGUAGACCGAGGCAUGCUAAACGUUAUCAACAAUGCCACCUCGGCCACGCUUUGAUAACUGUUAUCCACCCCCCGCUCAUCUGAGAGCCCCAAAACUAAACCACAACACCUUACGCCAUGGCAACCGAGAGCGAGUUCGUGACGGCGCCGUCAACACCGGAGGCGGACAGCUUGAAGAUCGUGGUUGAGCAAAGGCUUCUCCUCCACGACGACGGCGAGGGCGGGAGCAGAUCGACGACCAUCUUCCGGGUCCCCGCCCAUGUCCGCGACGCCAACAAGGAGCUGUACGAGCCACGCCUGGUGUCCGUCGGCCCCUACUACCGCGGUCGGGCGGCGCUGCGCGCCAUGGAGCAGCACAAGUGGAGGUACCUGCGCGAGCUGCUGAGGGAGCGUCGUCCGCGGACCUUGCUGGCGAGGUGCGUCGAAGCCGUCCGCGACGUCGAGCACCGGGCGCGGUGCUGCUACGUUGAGAGGACGGACAUCUUCGACGCCGCCGCCAAGGGCGGGCCGUUGGGUGGGGAGGUCGACGACGGGCAGUCCCGGCGAGGCCCCGACGACUUUGGGGAGAUGCUGCUGCUUGACGGCUGCUUCGUCCUCCGGUUCUUCAUCAAGUGGCACAACGAGGAGGAAGACGACAUCUGCGACGUGGGCUGGGGGCUUCCCCUGCUUCACUCUGACCUCCUGCUACUGGAGAACCAGAUCCCCUUCUUCGUGCUCGAGGCGCUCUUCCGAUUGGUAGUGCCUGAGGAUGAGACGUCCCAUCUCCACAGUCUGAUCCUUCCCCAUUUGAGGCUCUCGCCCUCCACAGAACUAUCGGCGACGGAGAUGGAAAGGGCGGCCCAAGCCGGAGAGAUCCGCCACUUGCUCCAUCUCCUCUACGAGGCCGUCGUUCCCACGGCUGAGGAGAUAGCGCUGGUCGCCGCCGAUGCCUCGCCACCACGCCCGGCGCCACGGUGUGUGGAAAAGCUGCGUCAGAUGGGCAUCCGGGUCAACAAGGCCGUGUCCGAAAGGUUCGCCUUCAUGCGGGGCAUGGCGCCCCAGCUGCCGCGCUGGAUAGUGACCGCCAGCUGGUUCAGCAAGUGCAGGGUUCGGAUCGGAAGAAAGGCGGCGCCGGAGCCCGAGACGACGACGCGCACGGUGGUCGUGCCGCCCGUCACCCUGCUCCGCAAGGCCGGCGUCCGGUUCGAGAAGAAGGCGCCGGCCCACAUGCUCGACGUCACGUUCGACGCGGCGGCUGGCGUCGUGAGGAUGCCGCGCCUGGAGGUGGACCACGCGAGCUGGCCGCUGCUCGUGAACCUCGUCGCGUUCGAGCAGACAGUCAGGGACGACGGCCGGCGACGGCACGGCAAGCCGGUGUCUUGCUACGCGGCGCUGGUGGGUUCCCUGGUGAGGACGGGCAAGGACGUGGAGCACCUCCAGAAGCGCGGCAUCGUCGACAACCUCCUGGGCACCGACGACGACGCGGCGGCCAAGUUCUUCCAGCAGCUGGGCGACUGCGCCAGCUUGGAGUACGAGGACCAUAGCUUCGCCGCCAUGUUCGCCGAUCUACCGGUGCCGCAGCCUGGGAGUGGUGGAACUAGCUCGAAGGCGCAGCCGGCUCCGGCUCGAAACAAAAAGGAGCCAAGACGAGUAACUCACAUCCCUGGCAUUUCCAAGGUGAAGGACAAAGUGCAGGAUGCGUGGCACCACCAAAAGGAUGAGUUCGCCUGCCAAGAGCCACGUCCACCGGUGUCGCGCUACGCGGCGCUGGUGGGUUCCCGGGUUAGGACGGGCGAGGACGUGGAGCACCUCCAGAAGCGCGGCGUCGUCGACAACCUCCUGGGCACCGAUGACGACGCGGCGGCCAAGGUCUUCCAGCAGCUGGGCGACUGCGCCAGCUUGGAGUACGAGGACCACAGCUUCGCCGCCAUGUUCGCCGAUCUGAACCGGUACUACCGCUCGAGCUGGCGCAGGCACAAGGCCGAGUUCCUGCGUGACCACUGCAGCAGCCCGUGGGCCGCACUCGUGCUCGUCGUCGCCGGUUGCGCGUUUUGCUUCGCGCUCUUCAAAUUCUCGACGACCGGCUUUCACUAGGUCAUAAAAGAUUUGUGCUGCUGACUACAAGUGCAUGUGCUGGCGGGUCGAGCAUCCACCAGAACAAAUGUCGUCUGUGCUGGCGGGCGACGUUAGCCACCCGCCAGCACAGAUGGCGGGUGCUUCUGCCGCCCAUCUGGAAUAUAUAUUUUCCCAUUCAAUAUAUUAUUUCUCAUGAAUUA